AUGCUCCAAACAACCUACAUUAUACUAAUCUCUAUUCUGGCCUCAUUUUUACCCCAUGGAACAGCAAUGCUCAACCUCACUCUGCCCGGCCAACACCCAGACCCCGAAUCCGUUGCCCGAGAACUUCACAGGAAGGUGAAUGCCUCAAUUACAAGAAGGGAAAUGCUCGCAGUGUCAGAGAAAGAGGUGGGGUCGUGCCUAACGGGGAACCCCAUCGACGAUUGCUGGAAAUGCGACCCAGAUUGGGCCAACAACAGGCAAAGACUAGCUGAUUGUGCAAUUGGGUUCGGCCAGAACGCAAUGGGAGGGAAAGGUGGUCAAUUUUACAUUGUUACUGAUUCCUCAGAUGAUGACCCUGUUAACCCAAAACCUGGCACGCUUAGAUACGCGGUUAUACAGAAUGAGCCUUUGUGGAUCGUUUUCCCCAGUAAUAUGAUGAUUAAGCUCUCUCAAGAACUCAUUUUUAACAGCUACAAGACCAUUGAUGGGCGUGGCGCUGAUGUUCACAUUGUGGGUGGAGGGUGCAUUACUUUGCAGUAUAUAAGUAACGUCAUCAUACACAACAUUCACAUCCACCAUUGUCACCCCUCCGGUAACGCUAACGUGCGGUCGAGCCCAGAGCACUACGGGUACAGAACAGAAUCAGACGGCGACGGAAUAUCGAUAUUCGGAGCAAAGGACAUAUGGAUCGACCACUGCACGCUGUCGCGUUGCAAGGACGGUUUAAUAGACGCAGUGAUGGGUUCAACGGGGAUAACGAUCUCAAACAACCACUUUUCACACCACAACGAAGUGAUGCUACUGGGGCACAGCGACCACUACUUGCCAGACUCCGGGAUGCAGGUGACGAUAGCCUUCAACCACUUCGGGGAGCAGCUGGUGCAGAGGAUGCCACGUUGCAGGCUGGGAUACAUCCACGUGGUCAACAACGACUUCACGCGCUGGGAGAUGUAUGCCAUUGGGGGGAGUGGGGCACCCACGAUUAACAGCCAAGGGAACCGCUACACUGCGCCUGAGGAUGGUUACGCCAAGGAAGUGACCAAGAGGUUGGACUCUGGCGAAGGGGAUUGGAGUGGCUGGAAUUGGCGGUCCGAAGGAGAUGUUAUGCUCAAUGGAGCAUUCUUUGUGGCUUCUGGCCAAGGCGCUGAGGCUAAGUAUCAAAAGGCUUACAGCGUUGAACCUAAGUCUGCAGAUCGCAUUUCCCUCCUCACCAUGUCCGCUGGUGUUCUCGGCGUUGCCAGCAGGGACAAUAAUCUCGGAAUGUGGACUAGAGGACCCAACGAUGGUGGCACUUAUAUUUCAGAUAUCGGCCCAGAAUACACUGACGAUAUGUCCCGGAGCACAAUGGUGUUCCCACCUUCACCUAACUUGAUUAUUCUAUCUGUUUUCGUUGCAUUGUCGUGCUUGUUAUCUCGUACGACAACCUUAACAUUAGUUCUAUGA